AUGUCAAAACUGUGUGGGUUGAACGUAGUUCAACUACGAGAAGAACUACAGAAACGAAGCCUUGUCACAAGUGGCAACAAAGAAGUACUAGUAGCACGUCUGAGAGAAGCUCUCAUUGGCGAAGGUAAGAACCCAGACGAAUUCAAGUUUGAUGGUACUGACGAAGACAAUGAAAUUAGCACAGGCAUGUUUACAACCGCUAAAAUGAUGGAACUUUUGCUUAGUAUGUCAACUGAAAUAAAACAGAUCAAAGAACAGUCCGAACGACAGACAGAAGAGUUAAAACAACAGAUCAAGGAACAGUCCGAACGACAGACAGAGGAUUUAAAACAGAUCAAAGAACAGUCCGAACGACAGUCCGAACGACAGACAGAGGAGUUGAAACAGAUCAAAGAACAGUCCGAACGACAGUCCGAACGACAGACAGAAGAGUUAAAACAACAGAUCAAGGAACAGUCCGAACGACAGACAGAGGAGUUAAAACAGAUCAAGGACCAGCUAAAACACGUAAAAUUGGAAGUGGCAGAACAGAUUGAAGAACAGUCAACAAGAAUAGAAAUGAUCGAACAGAAACUUGAUCGUCAGACCGUUGAGGUAGAUCACAAGAUAGACAAAUUGAAGCGAGAAUUGGAGCAAUCCAAAAAAAAAAUGGCCAUGCCGUUAGAUCACGCAUCCAGAAGAACUUUGAAGGUACCAGCAUUUGACGGAGAGAUGUCCUGGAACGUUUAUAAAACCCAGUUUGAAGCAGCGGCAACUACAGCAGAGGUUCUUCAGACGAUUCCGGCGGACAACCACUUCAACUAUGAAAUUCUGGUUAGCGCGUUGGAUUUACGUUAUGGUGAAGAACACAUGAAACAGAUUUAUCGGUCUCAGCUUAGAAACAGAACGCAACGAUCUGGUGAAUCCAUUCAGCAGCUGGCACAAGAUAUCGAACGGUUGACAUUGCUGUCGUAUCCGACAUCAGACCCCGAGCAUAGAGACGAAACUGCCCUGGAUACGUUUAUCAAAGCCCUUCAUAAUUCGGAACUCAAGCAAUCCCUUCUCUUGUCAGAUAAACAAAAACUCAAGGAUGCCGGAAAAGUUGAUCAACGAAAAUGUGUAAUUACAGUCGACACCGAGCAACAAAAUCGAUUUUAA